CCUACCUCAAACGCCAAUGGGCUUUCGUGUCAGAAACGUGGCGUUCACUCGGCGCGGGGAACCACGUCAAUAGCAGGUCGUUACCAUUGGCAUAUGGGACUGCAAUUUAUUUUUAUUUUUCCUUCUUCAGACAAUUCUAAAGCCAUGCCUACUCAUUCUCCAUUCGACGAAGCAUUCGAUACCUGGGUCAAAGAUGCAUUAGAAGAAUGGAAGGUCCCUGGACUCUCUAUCGCGGUCGUGCAUAAUGAAGAUACAUUCUCAAAGGUAAUGAUCCUAGAACAAACUCCCCAUCAAUAACUCCCUCGUAUGCUAGUCCCAUAUUAGGGCUACGGCAUCGCCGAAUUCCCCGAUAGGAAGAUGACCACAGACACGAUAUUCCCAGCCGCAAGCACCACCAAAGCAUUUACAGCAGCAGCUACAUCACUCGCAAUUCAAGAUAGCAAAGACAGUCCUUCACCAAUUGAUUGGGAUACUCCGAUCUCAUCUGUUAUCCCAGAAGACUUUGUUCUAUCAGACGACUAUGCUACUAAGCAUACCACCCUCGAAGACGCCCUCUCGCAUCGAUCUGGCUUUCCCAACCACAUAUGGCCGGUCACGUAUGGUGACAAACAUACUAUAGCGUCUGAUCUGGUUCGCUCGCUUAGGCAUAUGCCUCUCUCAGCCCCUCCUCGGACUCAAUUCCAAUACACUAAUCACAUGUUCAUUGUCAUGUCGCAUUUGCUAGAAAGGCAUACCGGGGAGCCACUUGCCGCCUUCAUGAAGAAGCGCAUCUGGGAUCCUCUUGGUAUGAAGGAGACUUUUUUCUCGACCGAAGAGGCCAAGAAAGACCCAUCGAGUGCAGCCAAGAUCGUCAAGGGGUAUACAUGGAUCCCGGAUGAAAUUGGCGGACACUGGUUCGAGGAACCAGAGGCAAAUUGGAAACCGAAUAUGGGCGCCGGGACGAUGGUCAGCAAUGUUCUGGAUUACUCGUGUUGGGUGCGUGAAUUGAUACAUCGCACUGGGCCAUUGAAGGGGCACGACUCGUUGACCAAACCGCGGACCUUGCUUUUCGAGACCGGCGAUAUCAAUCUCCCCACGCCGUAUCACGCGUACGCAUUAGGUUGGUUUGUUGACAACUACCGCGGCCAGCAUCUUUAUGCGCAUUCGGGGGGUUGGCCUGGAUAUUCUUCUUAUGUGGGAUUUUUGCCUGAGAAGAAGUUUGGCUUUGCCAUUAUGGGAAACUCCAAUUCCGCACGUUAUGUUCUUUUCAGGCUCGCUGUUCUUCUCUUGGAUAAGCUGCUCGGGCCUGUUGAUGAUCCACUGCACGAUGAGAAAAUGGCAGAGUUCUAUGCCCAGCAUGAGAAGAUCAAGGAGAAAACUCUCAAGUACCACCCUGAAGAUAUGGAUGCUAUCAAGAGAAACUUGUUUCCCUCUUUGGCCGAUCCUCCCGUUCCUCAUACUCUGCCGCUUGAGAAGUAUGUCGGGACGUACAGGCACCCAUCGGGCAACUGGGUUCCUGUCGUUUUAGGCGAUGAUGGAAAGUUGGGUAUUGAUGCAGCUCAAGGAGCCAUUCCCGGUUACCUGAAUCUUACGCAUGCUAGCGGCGAUUUCUUCGUUGCGAAAAUGAAGUCCAGCAAUCUUGCUGCGAUGCAACCCAUAGCUGCAGAAUUCUACAUCGAUGUGUCGGGAGUCGUCAAGAAGAUCGGAUUGAGACUGGAGCCUGCGCUGAAAGAGCAUCAAAUCUGGUUUGAACGGAGUGAAACGUGA